AUGCACUCCUAUGGUUCCUUUCGAUCUUGACUGACCGUAUCGGGGGAGUGGACUCCUUUGGCUCUCGACCACGAAACACGCAGGUGAUGCUCCGCUCUCCGACGCUGCCAGCGGCCACCAAACCACGCUUCAUUUACACGGCAAGCUUCUGAUCCGCAGACUCUGCCUCCGACAAUCGACAAGGGGUGCGUUGCGACCCGAGCCCGAGGACAGCUCACUCAGGAGUGUUCGUUCCUCCUAGCCAUCCAUCCGACCUCCGAACCCAUUUCCAACACCGGAUCGAUCACGUCGCCUUGCUGCAAGCACCGCCCUUCCCUCCGACCUCUGCUCUGUUUUACUGCGAUCACCACUGGCUCGCCGCCGUGCACGGCCCACCAUGUCCUUCCUAGACAAUGCAUACAGUCUGGUCAAGGACAGUGCCACCGAGGGCACCCCCACGUUGGCCGAGCUGCGGACCCAGCUCGAGAAGGGCACCGACGAGACCAAGGUCGAGACCAUGAAGCGCAUCUUGACCAUCAUGCUCAACGGCGACCCUAUGCCCCAAUUGCUCAUGCACAUCAUCCGAUUCGUCAUGCCGUCCAAGUCCAAACCGCUAAAGAAGCUGCUUUACUUCUAUUACGAAAUCUGCCCCAAGCUCGACGCUCAUGGGAAGCUAAAGCAGGAGUUCAUCUUAGUAUGUAACGGCAUCCGUAACGACUUGCAACAUCCGAACGAGUUCAUCCGAGGCAACACGUUGCGCUUCCUCUGCAAGCUUCGGGAACCCGAGCUCCUCGAGCCGCUGCUCUCGUCGGCGCGCUCGUGUCUGGAGCAUCGUCACGCUUACGUACGGAAGAACGCCGUCUUCGCCGUAGCAUCCAUCCACCAGCACUCGCCAUCGCUAAUCCCUGAUGCCGCCGACCUCAUCGCCACAUUUCUCGAAGGAGAGAGCGACCCGACAUGCAAGAGGAACGGCUUCGCUGCCCUGUCCAGCAUCAGCCAUGACAAGGCGCUGGCCUACUUAAGCGCCGUCUUCGAUGGUAUCCCAAAUGCAGAGGAGCUCCUGCAGCUCGUCGAGCUCGAGUUCAUCAGGAAAGAUGCCGUCCACAACUCGCAAAACAAGGCGCGGUACUUGCGGCUCAUCUUCGACCUUCUCGAGGCAAAUACAUCCACAGUUGUUUACGAGGCAGCGUCCUCCCUCACGGCGCUGACUAACAACCCCGUGGCUGUCAAGGCCGCCGCCGGAAAGUUCAUCGAGCUUGCGAUCAAGGAGGCAGACAACAACGUCAAACUUAUCGUGCUCGACCGGGUUGACCAGCUCCGGCAGAAGAACGAGGGAAUCCUUGAUGACCUAAUAAUGGAGAUUCUGCGCGUGCUAUCGAGUCCCGAUAUCGAUGUGCGCAGGAAGGCGCUAGAGAUCGCGUUGGAGAUGGUGUCAAGCAAGAACGUCGAGGAGGUUGUCCUCCUUCUCAAGAAGGAACUGUCCAAGACGGUCGACCAGGAGUAUGAGAAGAACAGCGAAUACCGCCAACUCCUCAUCCACUCCAUCCACCAGUGCGCAGUCAAGUUCUCCGAGGUGGCUGCCAGCGUUGUAGAUCUUCUCAUGGACUUCAUUGCCGAUUUCACCAACGCCUCAGCUGUCGACGUUAUCAACUUCGUCAAGGAGGUUGUGGAGAGGUUCCCCGCACUGCGCCCGGCUAUUACGCAAAGACUCGUCGACACACUCAGGGAGGUCCGCGCUGGGAAGGUUUACCGCGGUAUUCUCUGGAUCAUUGGCGAGUACUCCCUCGACGAGAAGGAUAUCCGGGAUGCUUGGAAGGGUAUUAGGGCUAGCCUCGGCGAGAUUCCCAUCUUGGCGUCGGAGCAGCGGUUGCUUGACAACAUGGAUAAUGAGGAGGAGAAGGACCAUGCUCAGGUCAAUGGGCAUCCCAAAUCGACCGCGGCUGGCUCCCGGAAGGUUCUUGCGGAUGGGACAUAUGCAACCGAGACUGCCCUCACGAGCCAAUCUGCCGCUGCCGCCAAACUAGAAGCCGUCAAGGCAUCCUCAAAGCCCCCGCUCAGGCAGCUCAUUCUGGAUGGUGAUUACUAUCUGGCCGCCGUCUUAGCCGCGACGCUCACGAAGCUGGUCAUGCGCCAUUCUGAAAUCUCUUCCGAGGCCGCUCGCACCAAUGCUCUCCGGGCCGAGGCCAUGCUGAUCAUGAUCUCCAUCAUUCGCGUCGGCCAGUCACAGUUCGUCAAGGCGCCUAUUGACGAAGAUUCGGUCGAUCGCAUAAUGAGCUGCGUACGAUCGCUCGCCGAGUUCAAGGAGCACAAGGAGCUGGAGACGGUAUAUCUAGAGGACACAAGGAAGGCUUUCCGUGCCAUGGUGCAGGUGGAGGAGAAGAAGCGCGAGGCCAAAGCAGCGUUCGAGAAGGCCAAGACGGCCGUGCAGGUCGAUGAUGUGGUUUCGAUCCGCCAGUUGUCUAAGAAGAAUGCCGUCGACGGUGCUGAUGCAAUCGAGCUUGACCUAGAGCGGGCAACAGGCGGUGACAGCAGCGCGGCCGAAGAUCUCUCUGGCAAGCUUAGCCGCGUUGUGCAGCUCACCGGUUUCUCGGAUCCUGUGUAUGCCGAGGCAUACGUCAAAGUCCACCAGUUCGACAUCAUUCUCGACGUACUACUCGUCAACCAGACGACCGACACGCUGCAGAAUCUUACCGUCGAGUUUGCCACCCUCGGCGACCUCAAGGUGGUGGAGCGGCCGACGAGCCAGAACCUGGGUCCGCACGAUUUCCACAACGUGCAGUGCACCAUCAAGGUGUCUUCGACCGACACAGGCGUCAUCUUUGGCAACGUCGUGUACGAAGGCGCGCACUCGACCGACACCAGCGUGGUCAUCCUCAACGACCUGCACGUCGACAUCAUGGACUACAUUCAACCGGCGACGUGCUCCGAGACGCAAUUCCGCACCAUGUGGACCGAGUUUGAGUGGGAGAACAAGGUCAACAUCAACAGCAAGGCCCAGUCGCUGCGCGACUUCCUCGACCAACUCAUGGCCUGCACGAACAUGAACUGCCUCACCCCCGAGGCGAGUUUGAAGGGCGACUGCCAGUUCUUGAGCGCCAAUCUGUAUGCCAGGAGUGUAUUCGGCGAGGAUGCCCUGGCGAACUUGAGCAUCGAGAAAGAAGGGGACGACGGCCCCAUUACUGGCUUCCUCAGGAUACGCAGCAGGUCGCAGGGGCUGGCCCUCAGCCUGGGAUCCCUCAAGGGUUUGAACAAGAUUGGCUCGGCGGCUGCUUGAAGAUAGCGAAGCCUGCAGCCUCUUUUGGGCCAAAUUACCGGAGCGGACUUCUCCGUUCCCGGUGGCGGCAAGGGCAGACGCAGACGCCGUGCGUGAUACUCGGAAGAGGAGCCGAGGCGGGACUCCGAUCUGAAUCACAGCGUUGAUGGGAUUAGAUACGGUAGAGGAGGGAUGUUCGAGCGGGUUGUUGGUGGGACUGCUAGUAGGAGUUCAGGGUUGGAAGACCGCAUGGAAGUUGAGGGCCCAAAAAUGAGAUGGAUGCGAAAAAGGGCGGCAAGAGGUAGUUCAGCGGAGAUGUUUAGAUUAUACAGCAGCAUUCCAUGAGAUUCACCGUUUGAUUCUGGACCAAAGGAACGGGUAGGCUCAUAUGCAGAGCAAAAUCAUCAUUGUUGAAAAUGAAAUCGACUAGUGGUC